AUGCUCAUUCCUCGUUGGAUAGCAUCGAAACGAAUUCAAGGAUUGACCGUAGAGUUAACGGAAGAUGUGUACUACCCGAAACCAGAGUGGGAUAGUUACCACUACUGCGUAAUGUGCGGCGCUCAUGGAAGAUUUCGUCUAGCGCAACACAUACUAAGGAAACAUCCGGAUCUUAGUCACAGAAGCGAUGAAUUUAAGGUGGUGGAACAAGUAAGCCGUGGAAUAACGGAAAGGAUGAAGAAAGCGUCGAUAGAUAUGCACAAGGUUCUGGCGCCAGCUACUAGUAGAGAAUACCGCAUUUACAGAGAAAUUUUCGAACAACUACGCGAGUGCGGAAUCCCCGUAAAAGAAAGUUACGAGGAACCUGAUGUAGUGACGCCGGCGCAGACGCAAGAUCAGAUGUUGAAGGUGAUGACAGAUUUGAGAGAUCAAAUAGUACGUCAGAUAGGCGCGGAUUUCACCAACGAACCAGGGCCGUCUGGAGUCGAAUCACAAGCCGCUCUUCCCAGUGUCAUCGUUAAGGUAGGCGAUACGAUGAGAUGCCGAUCGGCUCAUAUUCACAGCGUAAUGUAG